AUGGCCUAUGAUACGCUUUCCGUUGGGGGUAUUCGGAUAGGAAGUUUUCCUUUCAUGGCCGCAGUGGUCUUUUCCGAUGUCCCGCCACUGGGACUCGGUGCAUCUCCUGGAAGUUUUGGGGUCACGGAAGGAUCCCCGGAUGGCACGGAUGACUUGAGACUUGAAAUUAAGUCACUGGGGACUUUACAGGCUGUUUACGAUGCACAGCGAAUUGAGGUAAUGGGAUUUGCUAUGUAUUAUGAUGCAUACGAAACUAAUUCGAGUCAGAUAACACUUGGGGGCGUAGAUACGGAAAAGUACGAGGCCCCCAUAGUUACAUAUACUCAGAAAACCCAACGAGAGGUAGGAAGGUUCAAUACUCGGAAAGUUAGCCUCUCUAAAUCUCCGGGCGACAAUCAGCCCGUUGUGCUCGAAAAUCUCAGGACAACGAUUUUAAUUGGAGACUCGAAUAUUCGAUUUCCUGACAGACUCCGAAACUCGGUAUUGUUAGCUCUGAACGCGACUUCCUCUGGUUUAGAAUGGUAUGUCAACUGCGAAACCGCUGAAAAGUUAAACUUUUCUCUUGAUUUCGAGUUUGAUGAUCGUGUCAAUAUCACACUUACAGCAAAGGACUUAAUUGGGAGAAUCGAGGAAAGAGUCGGGGCGCAAGAAGAUCUAGGAUGUAAAGUUUUUCUAGACACCUUGGAAGAUGACGGGGAGUUUAUUCCUGAGAAUGCUGCAGCCAUGUAUCUGGGAAUCCCAUUUAUGAGGGUCGCGUAUGUGUGGGUAGACUAUCAAAACAAUCAGACGAGCGUCGCAAAGGCGAAGCAGAGAGUUGCGAAUAGUAAUAUUGUGAAAAUUGAGAAAGGUGGAAUUAAAGCCACACUAGAAAAAGACAAUGUCGGGCGCGGGCCCAUAGGUAAUGUAACCGAGGAAGAGCCUCCUUCAGAAAGUAGCGACGAACACGAACCUGAGGAUGAAAAUAAUAAGGUGCCUAUAGCGGCUAUUGCUGGGGGGCUAGUGGGUGGGAUAGCUGUUUUAGGGGUGAUUGGGUACAUAUUAUUCGUAUUGUGGAAAAAGAAACAUCAGCAGCUACCUGAGAUACCGCCAGUGCCAAUGGAGGAGCUAGGUGGGCAUGAGAAGUUUGAACUGGACCCAGGUCAUAAGAGGUCCGAACUGCCAGAUGCCGGUCGAGAAGGUUAUCAUAGGGAGCUACCUGCGGAUUAUGAGCAACCUAGAGAACUAUCCGGCCAGCCGACGCUUGCGGAAUUGAUCUGA